AUGUCUCGAAUUCAUACAUUGUCAGAUAUAGGCGAAGGUAAUAAACUUGGAGACUUACCAUCCAAUCGAUAUCCACCCAGCCGAACGGAACUUGAAAACCUGCUUAAUCAAGCAAAUCAUGAUCGUGAAAUUGCUAUAAAAUGUGGCAAUCGACUUGCUCAUAAAUGCUCUAUCUUGGAUAAAAACAAUAAGCAUAUGCAACAGGAUCUAAAUCGAUCCAAUAAAGAUAAAGAGAAACUCACUAAGCAUACCUAUCAGCUUAUAGAUGAAGUAAAACGAUUGCGUUCAGAGUUAGAUACUCUAACAUCCCAGAUUACUCGCAAAGAUAUUUCUCUUAAAGAAUCUAAGAUUAAGAUAAAAGAUCUCCUGUCUAAGAUAAAAAUAUUGGAAACAAAACUAUCUUCAACUCAGAAUAAAUCAAAAGAAAUUACAGCACUUCGGUCUAUGAAAAAAAUACUAGAAAAUAA